AUGACCACCGCAGUCCGGAACAAGUCAAGUGAAAGGCGCCCUGUCGUCGAGUACGACCACCUCAUGACCGACAAGGACGACUCGGGCGUCGCAAAGUUGACAAACCUCAUUCGCGAGUACGGUUUCGCCUUCGUCGACGGAACCCCUUACGACACCCCGGCCCCGACGCAGCGCGUGCUCGAGAGAAUCGCCUUCAUCCGCGAGACGCACUACGGCGGCUUCUACGACUUCGUCCCGGACCUCGCCAUGGCCGACACGGCCUACACCAACAUUGCCCUGCCGGCGCACACGGACACGACCUAUUUUACGGAUCCGGCCGGCCUGCAGGCCUUCCACAUGCUCUCCCACGAGGCUCCACCAGGACAGCAGUUACCAGAAGACGGCAAGCUCGGAGGCGAAUCGCUCCUCGUGGACGCUUUUUACGCGGCGCAGAUCCUGCAAAAGGAGGACCCGGCCGCCUACGAGAUCCUCUCCAAGGUGCGCCUGCCCUGGCACGCGAGCGGCAAUGAAGGGAUCACCAUCUCUCCCGACAAGCGGUACCCCGUGCUCGAGGUUGACCCGCAGACGCGGACGCUGCACCGGGUGCGGUGGAACAACGACGACCGCGGCGUGGUGCCCUUUACCGACGACGUUUCGCCGACCGAGUGGUACGCGGCGGCCCGCAAGUGGGAUGCCAUUCUCCGGAGAUCCGACGUUGAGUUUUGGUGGCAACUGAAGCCUGGCCAGGUUUUGAUUUUUGACAACUGGCGUGUGAUGCACGGUAGGAGUGCGUUUGAGGGCAGGAGACGCAUCGCCGGUGCCUAUAUCAAUCGUGACGACUUUGUCUCCCGCUGGAGAAAUACAAACUUCCCCCACGAACAGGUCCUGAACCAGGUUGUUGGCUAG